AGAGGGGAGAUCCAAGAACCUUGGGAGAGGAAGACCUGCGUCACAAGAUUGGUAGGGAUCCAGACCGCUCCCUUGGCCGCCCGAAUCAAGCAGGUCCGCAGCGUGGGGAUGACCGUGAGCCUGAGAAACCAAGCCAACCCCUGUGCUACAGAUGCAAUCAAACUGGUCAUCUGCGCUCAGACUGCAAGAAUCCGCCUAUCUGCUAUAACUGCAAGGAUUCAGGGCAUAUGUCUGCUAAUUGCCCUCAGCUGAAGGUGAACAAGGGGCUUAAACUUUGUGGAUUUGGACUCCCUGGCCAAAUGUUCUACAGUGUGAGGGUUCCGGUGGAGGAUACUGAAGCGGCCCACAAACCACUGAUGGGGAUCAUGGUGAUCAGAGAGGGGGUCGGCUCCGUCUCCAAAGUGACCACGGAGCUGCGUUAUCUCAUCAGUUCAACUUGGGACUGCAAAGUGAAAAAAAUUGCCAAUGGCUGAUAUGAAUUUCAUGCUCCUUUCUAAGGCCGAACUGGAUCUGCUGAUCAAAUUCACUGAAUUCAAGUGUAAGUGCUCUGAUUUGAAGGUAUCCAUGGAGCGUUCCUCACUCUCUGCUGGUUCUUUUGCCUCACUCAAGCUAGUCUGGGUCUUGGGACAUGGUUUCCCAAACUGGGCAAGACAGGAAAAGAUAGUGGAGGAAGUGGCAUAUCUAGUUGGUGACCCUGAAAUGGUGGAUUCCAAAUCCCUCUCAGGUACUGGACCGAUUAGGGUGAGGAUUUGGUGCAAAGAGCCUUCUGAAAUUAAGGGCUCAAGCAAUGUUUUCUUUAAUGAGGCCGGGUAUAAAAUUACUUGGAAGGUUGAGCAAGAGAACAGACAGGGAGUGGAGGGUGAUCCACAAGAACUCCAGGAUGAGGAUGAAGACCCAGAAGAUGACGAUGAUAAGGAGAAAUCUGAUAGGUACACUCCUUUGCUGGAGGAGUAUGCUGGCUCAAAAGAAAAUCCUACUAGGGGGGAUGAUGGGCAAAACUCUCAGUCUACCCAACACAACAAAGGCACCACCACUCAGGGUCAAUACAACAAGGCCAGUUUGGGGCAAGACAUGAGCUGUGAACUGCUUGGGAGGUCCAACAUUACCCCUACUUCUACUGGCAUUAGCAAUCCGGCCUCCGAUAACCCUCCACUCUCUGCCCCUCGACUCACUAGCCACUUGCCGCAUUCUGCUGGUUCUUUGGGUGGUGGAAACCAGACUGGACAGAUGGCUUUGGAGGUGGAAGUGGAGAUGGUGGAUGUUUCUCAACAGUUGGACCAGGUGGCAAGCCAACAAUCUGACCUGGGAGGUGGGGAAGUACUAUCUCAGUCUCCUGCCCCUACUUCCAGCGCCCUACCCAUGUCCUCUGUCCCCAUUAUCACUACCAGAGCUAGCUCGAGGUCCAAGGGGAAUGAUACUCCAAUUCACAUCAGGGCUGAGAGAAGGGUGGCUGCUUCCUACAGUGAAGCACUGGAGCAAGCUGAAGGUGGCGAAGGACGUGGUGGAGCGGGAAAAGAGGCUCUGCAUGCUGAAGGAAGGUCUGCAGUUGAUCCAGUGACCCUUGACGCGGGAGAAGUCUACUGAUCCCUUUUAGCUGUAAUCUUCCUUUUAGCUGCUGCGACAGCUUCUUUCGUUAAACUCUGGUCGAGUGGUACUCUGCUGCUUGAGCCUUGUUGACUCUGUACAGCCGGUUUCCCCGGCCUGAACUUCUCUGCUUUCAAUAAAAGCUGGACCAAAGGUGGUCUUUGGUCUAAGGAGGAAUCUCUCCAGAUAAUUUGUUGUUAGAAAGACGAAGUCAAUUCAGAUUAAUCAAUCUACCAAUCUCAGCUGGUAUAUCUUCAGUGAGUUGAUUAUAGGACAAGUCUAAGCCUUCAGAAAGUGUAUA